UUGAGGAUUUAACGACAGCACCUUUCAGCUCAAACCAGGACCAUGUCGGAGGACGAGACUGAUUCUAACUCCAGUCAGUACUAUUUUGACAAUGCCUCAACUAGAGUCCAGAGCAGCUUCGUGUUUUCAGGACCCAUAUAUGUCGUUUUAAUGGUGAUGAUGGUGACUUUGGUUGUUGUGAUAGUUUUGGGCAACGCUCUGGUCAUUUUGGCCUUUAAAGUGGACAAGAGUUUGAGAAGACAAUGCAAUUACUACUUCCUGAAUUUGGCAAUAUCAGAUUUUCUUGUUGGGGCAUUCUGCAUCCCAGUCUACAUCCCUUACAUUCUCACAGGCAGAUGGACACUGGGCCAACGACUGUGUAAGCUGUGGCUGGUCAUGGACUACCUGCUUUGUUCAGCGUCUGUGUUCAACAUCGUCCUCAUCAGCUACGACCGCUUCCUGUCAGUCACCAGAGCAAUAAGUUACCGUGCCAGACAGAGCAUGACUCAUCAAGCCAUAAUCAAGAUGAUUGCUGUCUGGGUGCUAGCCUUUGUCCUGUACGGCCCAGCUAUCAUAUUCUGGGAGCUGGCGGUGGGCAGAAGCCGCGUGCCAAAGGAUGAGUGCUUUGCAGAGUUCUAUUACUCUUGGUACUUCCUGCUGAGUGCGUCCAUGCUGGAGUUUUUCUCUCCUUUCAUCUCCGUGGCUUUCUUCAACCUCAGCAUUUACCUCAGCAUACGCAGGAGGAGGCUCCACAGCAGGGAGGCCCAGCUCCACCUUCAAUUGAGCGAGCCUGCCUCUGCGCAGGGGGACGGUAUCCCCCUAUCCCACAACUGGGGGUUAGGGAUGAAACUGGCUGUAAAAGGCUCUAUCCACUCCCAGACCUCCUCUCCCAGUUUGGGUAAACUAGAUCCCUCAACCAGCAGGGCUGCCCAGCCUAGCCGUCUGUCCAGGGAUAAGAAAAUUGCUAAGUCCCUGGCCAUCAUAGUGUGUGUGUUUGCCAUCUGCUGGGCACCAUACACCCUACUGAUGAUCAUCCGUGCUGCCUGCAGAGGGCGGUGCAUCCAGCAUCACUGGUACGAGGUCACCUUCUGGCUCCUGUGGCUCAACUCUGCUAUUAACCCAUUCCUGUACCCACUUUGCCACAGUAGCUUCCGUAGGGCCUUUAGUAAGAUUCUCUGUCCAAGACGACAUACUACUUCCUCCUCAUCUGUCCUCCGUGAUGGCCAGUGACAAGCGGAUACCCGUGGAUGGAUGGGGAUGAACAAUGUGCCAGAACUAUGGAUGGAAGUAUUCAAAAUCUAACCCAUACAUUCCACAGUUUCAGCAGAUGAAGCUCAACUGUGCACCAACUUGUCAAAGUAGUUUUCUGUUGUGCUUUUCAGUGUCUGGAUGUAUAAGGUUGGUACUGUACAGUGUAAUGUAAUUAACUGUCAAUCAGUUCACUGUGUUCACAUCUAAAGUAUGUAUUAAACAUUCACCAUAGGCAGGAAAAUAAUGAUCCUGUCUAAAAAAUCUGAAUAUACCAACAAGAGUUUCAUAUACUAUAAGAACUGGGCAGGGUUACGAGUGAUGUGUUUGUUGUUGGGUAGGAGAGAAAAAAAUCAACAGAAUAGAGUGAAACAGAACCAUCUCUUCAGACCUGUUAAUAAAUACCAUGGCGACAGUGUUAUAAUGAGAACUGUCAGCUGUGGCUCGUGUACUGUAUGUAUUUGUCAAAACAAGGUUAAGAAAAUGCAUUUUCCCUGACUAACUGCCUGCAUUCUUUGGCACAUCCAUUGUCCACAGAAAAUACAUAACUAUAUACACAUACAUAUUUGUCUUGAAUGAGUGUCAUACAGACUAGAUUGCAAUUCAUUAGAUAUGUUUUCUUGUUCUUUCUGUUAUGCAGCUUGUAUAUUGAAUUUAUACACAUUAUAUCAAAGAUUCAUGUUCAUAAAAAGUGUGCGCCCUCACUAUGACAUACUCACUUCAGCUGAAGAAAAGCAGAUCACUAUCACCCUCUGCUGUUAGAGAGUUUACUAGUGUUAAUAUUACAGAAGCACAGUGAUAAAAACACAAAGUGCCAUUAAAUGUAUUUAAAAUGAAAUGUUAUUGAAGCCUGAAAUUUACUUUUCUUUUUUGGAGCACAUUGUUAUACAGUAGGUUUGUUAAGGCUUACGGGUCACCACAUAGUGAGUACAUUUAUUGCACAUUCAUUACCCCAUGUUAAAAAAUAGAUGCCUUGUUUACUAUACUGUAGAUACACAACACAACACAAAAGUAAACAUUCAUCUUUAUUUUUGACUGUGAUUACAUUAUUAGUGAUUAUUGCAACUAAAACACUCCACAGGUCCUAUUGUUACUAUUUUAAAAAUUUUUUUACAGAAAGUUUUUGGUUUCCUGUAAGAGAGAGAGAGAAGUUAAAUGUUUACAAACAAUACCAAAAUACCAUUUUACUGUGAUCAGCAGGUGUAUGUAUACUUCUGUGCCACUAGAUGUCACCAUUAACCUUUGUAGCUUCCUGUGAGUGCAGCGCUGGAGCAUAAAGUUUCAGUUCAUUACAGUUCCAAGUCAGUCUUUGAGAUUGGCUACGGUUUCCAUGAACUGUUUUACUUUAUUGUUUAUGUUUGAAUUGCCAUUUAAAUACAUACUAUAUUUUUGCACCCAGGAUCCUGUGUGAUUCAAAUUUUAAUAGAUGAAUAUAACCUAAUAAUCACAGGUAUGUGAAAUUGGAUGGUGCUCUCUAUACAUUUACUCACAGUGAGUCCUUUCACUGUCACAUGCUACUUGCACAACUUGAAAAGUUACAGUAUG